UAUCUAGCAAAGGAGAGAGUAGGGUAAUGGAUGAUAGCUACGUACGACUAAAGGGUUAAGCUAAUAGGCGAUGAGAGGAGAUACAAAUACUUACUUAGUCCACCACGAGGAUCAGAAAGAAAGCAACCACGUGGGUGGAGCUCAUCACGUGCACACUCUUAGCAACGCAAGGGAGACAGUGGAAAGGUGCAUAAUUCAACUGUUCAUGCACCUCCAUUGCAUGCACGAUGGGUUGUGGGAGCAGUUCUGGACUGGGACUGAGGCCGAGGUCGAGGAGGACUGCAGCAUCCUCAGGAGACGGCAAGGAAAGGAAGUUGUCUGUUCGAGGUCCCGUUCCAUUCAUCAAUGUUACAUUCGGGUCCAAUGUUGACAAAUCACCUCCGAAAGUCAUCUUUGUUUUUGGUGGACCUGGAUCUCAUAAAGGCCAUGUGGUGGGAUCACUGCAGUCUAUGUUUGGAAUGAAGCUGAUAUCAUCUGAAGCCAUUAUUCUCAAAUUCCUGCCUCAGAAAGUGGGAAACAUCGUGUCCAUCUCCACCACAGAAGAGAUACUAGAGUUGGUUCACCGGGAGCCCCAGCAAGUUCCCCUGGACUGGGUAAUGGGUCUAGUACAGGACGAGGUGGAGAGUGAGCCAGAUCAGAUGUUCAUUGUGGACCUCAUCCCUAACCUCAAGUGGCUGAUGAAGAGCAGCAGUCUCUUUAAAGAGUGUGACACAGUUUUGGAAGAAUUUGAACGGAAGGUUCCUAUAUCGUUUGCCCUCCACUUGUCCCUGGGUGAGGAGAGCCUGGACAAGACCCUCGACUAUUCCCACCACUCUACCAACCUUCCUCCAGGAGCCACCCUGGCUGAUGAGGCUGACAACUCUAAAGCUAAGAGUCGCUUCCUGAUGCACGAGAAAGCAGUCCAACCGUUUGUGCAAUAUUUCCAGUCUUGUGAUCGCCUUGUGUCAGUGGAUGUGUCCAGUGGUGCUAGUGAGGCCAUCGUGGAUAGAAUCCACCAAGUGUUCACUUCACUUAACCUCCAGGCAUGGAGACCAGUCAACACUGUACUCGUGUUUGCAAUGAAUGGUCUUAAAGCUGGUAAUCUUGAUUUGUCUGUGUGCUGUGAUAUGAGUCUCAUUGUGUUGAGUGAGAUCACUACUGAACCUGAGGCCUCAGCUGAGACUCUACUAGGCAGUCUCAGUGAGCACAUCAAUGCACUGGCUGAUAUCUCACAUUACUUUGUCAUUGAUCCCUCCAACACUACACUACAGAAGGCAUCCGUGGGCGACUUUCACAAAAGAGCUCUUGUGUUCUCUGACCACGAGGACAAUGAAGGUGGAGGUGUCAACAAGUUCAGCACCAGACUAAACAAAUUGGUUGGUAGUAGGCAGCCAUACUUCAAGGCUGUGUGCUCUAGUGCUGACGAGACUCUCCUCUUCCCCACGUCUUGUGAAGACUUAUUCUGCCAACAAAUGGCACUCUGUAUGGCCGAGAAACAUCCCUCAAAGAAAUAGC